CUGCCUUGGUGUCUGCAUGGGCAGCUAAUGGCCCCAGGCAAACAUUUCCUAUGGCCAGAGAUGUGGGCACCCUUGGGAAGCAGCCUGUCAAACGCUUGUGCAAAACCCACAGCAGUCAGUGAGAAGUUCUCUCUAAUUUCAGCAGGCUUUGGAUCAAAUGCUAAAGUGAAAGGAGAUAUACUGGAUGACUAUUCAAAAACAGAUGGUGUUUGGAUACUUACUCGAAACAAACAGCUUUAUAAGACAAAUAAUGAAAGAGAAUGUGCAGACAAAUGUGAAGCUGAAAGAAAUUUUACCUGCAGGGCUUUCCUAUUCACCAGGAAAAUACUACAGUGUUUAACACUGGCUGAAAAUGCUAAAAUGACAGUGACAUUCACCAGCACAGACACAGAUCUUUAUGAGAAGAGAAUUUACCUUAUGCAGUGUAAAAGAGGGAUUGGGACAGACUACAGAGGCACAGAAGCCAAGACUCAGAGGGGUAUUCCAUGCCAGAAGUGGGCAGAAAAAAUACCCCACAAACCAAAUUAUACACCUGAAAAACACCCCAAUGCAGGGUUGGAAGAAAAUUACUGCAGAAACCCUGAUGCAGAUGAAAGUGGACCCUGGUGUUACACAACAGAUCCUGCUACGAGAUUUGAUUACUGUGCCAUCCCAGAGUGUGAGGACCAGGUCACGCACACUGGAGAAGGACCUACAGGGGAGUGCAUGCAGUGUAACGGCGAGGAUUACCGCGGAGAAGUUUCGAGAACAGAGUCUGGUCUGGAGUGUCAGCGCUGGGAUGUCCAGGAGCCUCAUAUGCAUGGAUUUAUCCUGAAGCACUAUCCAGAGAAGGAUCUGAAGAUGAAUUAUUGCCGCAAUCCUGAUGGUGAACUUCGGCCCUGGUGUUUCACUACCAACCCGAAUAAACGCUGGGAAUAUUGCAACAUUCCUCGUUGCACUACACCCCCACCAGUCUCUGGCCUAGACUCCCAGUGUCUUUCAGGGAGAGGUGAAGACUAUCGAGGAAGGAUAGCUGUCACCGAAUCGGGAAAUGCCUGUCAACACUGGAACACGCAGUUUCCUCACAAGCAUGGCUGGAUUCCUGACAGAUAUCCCUGCAAGGGCUUAGAGGAAAACUACUGUAGAAACCCUGAUGGAGAGAAGAAGCCUUGGUGCUACACCACCAACAGCAGCAUUAGAUGGGAAUAUUGCACAAUUCCUCCCUGUGACACGACAGAACAAGGGAUUGCUGAUGUGCCUGUACAAGCUCCCCUAACAGAGGAGUGCUACCGAGGCAAAGGCCAGAGUUAUCGUGGCACAGCUUCUGUCACUGUAUCAGGAAAGAAGUGCCAGGCCUGGAGCUCCAUGUUCCCACACAGGCAUAUAAAAACCCCGGACAGAUUCCCGGACGCGGAUUUGAGGGACAACUAUUGUAGAAACCCAGACGGUGACAGCAGCCCGUGGUGUUUCACCACUGACCCCAACACGAUAUGGGAGUACUGCAAUCUCAAGAGGUGUGAUGAUCAUACACAACAGUCUGCACCGAAUGCGUCCCCUGGAAUGAUGGAACGAAACAUUGGCCUGACUACACUCACCACAUCUGGCUCAGAAAUAGUUUCAGAAGCUCAACAUCUCUGCAUGAAGCCUAAGAACUAUACACAGCAGGCUGAAGUUGGAGGACCUCUGGUCUGCCAAGAGAAGAACAGAUUUGUCCAAUAUGGAGUCACCUCUUGGGGACUGAACUGUACCCGGCCAUCAAAGCUUGGUUUUGUCCAAAUUCCUGGUUUUGUUUCUUGGAUCAAGAAUACAAUGGCUUCCCACUGAAUCUGGAUGCAGGCUAAUUUUUAUGGAAAGCAGUCCCUGUGUCAGAAACAACAUUCCAAGUAUAGUUUUAUGACUGGCUUUAAAAAUUAUGCAAUAAUUCAUAGGAAUCCUCAAUAAAUACCACUACUGGCUGAGUGUAAGUAGCUAUUGCAAAGCAGUAGCUAAGCUGACCAGUUGCUACUGUCUGUCAGAGUAUCCGUGUUAUACCUGUGUGAGUCAACCAUGAUUGCAUGUGACAGUAGCUGUAAAGCUGCUACUUCACCCCUGUUACACCCCAAAUACUUAAACCCAGGAAUUAAAUUGAAGGUUCCUUUAUACUAGUUGGCACAAAGAGAAAUCCCAACCAGAUACUCUCAAGAGGUGAAAAUCACAUAAAAGCUUACUGGCAAAAACACAGAAAAUAAAGGGACUUUGGCAAAAGGAUUAAA